GCCUUGUGCGUGUUUUUCUCUUUCUAACCUGUUUUCUAUCGGAUGGUUUCCAGAGAAGAUCGAGGCGCGACCUGUUGUCAGUAAUCAGUGACGCGUGGGGGGCAUGUCUGUCUGUGCUUUGGCCUCCUUCGUUAAUGUUGCAUUUCUGUUCUGAACUUCAACUCUCCCAGGGGUAGAUGUUUGGCCAAAUAUUGCAUCGGAGCACUUUACCCGAUCGAGGACUGGUGACUUGUUGACACUGAAGCGCGUUGAGAUUUACGUGUGGAUCCAUUCACAGGUAAGGUCACCGUGGGUCUGUGGAGUGUCGACUGACGACAGCUGAGAGACCCUCAACGAGCCGCCGGAGCCCCAGCAGAGCCCCCCUGUCCCGAGCUCAGUGGUGCCCGCCCGGCCGAGCCCGGGGCUGGGAUGGAUUGGGCUGUGACCCUCCUGGGUCUGGGGGUCCUGAUCUCCAGGGCCGUGGCCGACUUCAACAUCCCUCUGGAAGUGGAGCAGCCUCCCACCAUUACUCAGCGGUCGCCCAGUCAGGUGGUCGUGCUCCCGUUUCCCUUCCACGAGAGAAUCAGCUUCACCUGUGUGGCGAAGGGGAACCCGCAGCCACAAUACAGAUGGACGAAGGACGGCGAGGACUUCACUCCUCCCCAGCCGUCCACCGGCGGAACACAGCAGCAGAGCAACGGGAACUUCUCGCUGCCCAACGUUCACCUGGCGAAGUUUGAAGGGACGUACCAGUGCUACGCCUCCAACAAGCUGGGCACCGCCAUUACAGACCCGAUCCAGCUGGUAGUUCCCAGUUCCCCCAAGUUCCCGAAGGAGCACCUUGAGCCCAUUGUCAUCGAUGAGGGACAGCCUAUGGUCCUGAAGUGUAACCCCCCCACUGGCUUCACCCCCCGAAAGCUAUACUGGAUGACUAUAGGCCUGCAGCAGAUCGAUCAGGACGAGAGGGUGUCCAUGGACCUGGACGGGAACCUGUACUUCGCUUACACCGUGCAGAACGACAGCAGGCCGGACUACUGCUGCUUCGCCGCCUUCACCGAGAUACGAGCCAUCGUCCAGAAGUCCACCAUGGCCAUGGUGGUGAACCCCUUGCCCAAAACGGACGAUGGCGACAAGCACAGUGUCCCCGCCGAGAGGAAACCCAGCCUCCUGCUGCCCUCUGGUGUUCAGUCGGAGGUAGUGCUGCUCAAGGGGAGCAACCUUGAGUUGGAAUGCAUCCCAGAAGGAUUUCCGACCCCGUCGGUGGAGUGGGUGAAGCUCGGGGAGACGUUGCCCCCGCGGGCGGAGAUCCUGAACUUUGGGAAGCUGUUGAACAUCUCUCGCGGGUCGGAGAAGGACGACGGGAAGUACAUGUGCAAAGCCAAGAACGUCGCCGGAGAACACGUCCACUACUUUGACGUUGUGUUUGAAGAGGCUCCAAAAUGGCUGCCGGGGCCGCCCGAAGGCCAGCUGGUCGUGACCGGAUCUGACGUGCACAUAAAGUGCUCGGUCGGGGGCAAACCGCGGCCGAACAUCGUGUGGAGGAGGAACGGUCAGCUCCUGGAGGGUGAGGCCCUGUCGGACCGGCUCCAGGUCAUGGACGACUUGCUGCUGCUGCUGGAGGCCGGGCCCGAGGACGGCGCCGUGUACCAGUGUGAGGCGUCCAACCGCCACGGCCGCCUGCUGGCUAACGCCAACGUCAUGGUGCUGGACAUGGCCCCCAGGACCUUGACCCAGGGCUACCAGGUGUACGAGGUCAUCGAAGGACACAACGCCACCUUGGGCUGCAGGGUGUUUGGCUCUCCGCUGCCCACCAUCUCCUGGGAGAAGGAGGAGGAGGAGGAGGCCCCCGGCGCGGGGGCCCGGCGCUCCACCCUGCCCGACGGCUCGCUGCGGCUCAGCGGCGCAGAAAAGGAGGACGCCGGGGAGUAUCUGUGCUUAGCCGUCAACACCGAGGGGAAGGCUGACCUCACCGCCGUGCUGGCUGUGAGAGACCCCACCCGGAUCGUGGACCGCCCCCGGGACCAGCAGGUGGUCCUCGGGUCCGCCGCCCGGUUCACCUGCCGGGCCGAGUGCGACCAGAGCCUGGCCCACAGCUUCAACGUGGGCUGGGUGAAGGACGGCUGGCUGGAGAUCAACCCUGAAGACCCCAGGUACCAGGUGGACGACGGCGUGCUGCUGAUACCCAGCGUGAACGCCAGCGACCAGGGGCUGUACACGUGCACCGCCCGCACCCACAUGGACCGGAUGGCCACCUCGGCACGGCUCACUGUGCUGGAUGUUCCUGACGCCCCAGGGGACGUGGAGCUGUCGGAACACAAGGAACGCAGCGUUCGUCUGUCCUGGACGGCAGGAAGUGACCAUAACAGCUCUAUAACAGAGUUUGUGGUGGAGUUCGAGGAGAGCCAAUGGGAGCCGGGCAGGUGGAGGGAGCUACAGCGGGUCCCCGGUAACCAAGCAACAGCAGACCUGGCUCUGCAGGGGAACAUCGACUACCAGUUCAGAGUGUCGGCCGCCAACGCCGUGGGCCGCGGGCCCCCCAGCCAGCACACCGGGAGAUACGCCACCACGGCCGCAGCUCCGGACCGGAACCCCGAGGACAUCCGCAUCCACGGCCACGUCCCCCAGCAGAUGGAGAUCAGCUGGGAGCCGCUGCUGCCGGUGGAGCACAACGGUCCGGGCCUGGAGUACCAGGUGGGCUACCGCCGGCUGGGGGCGGGGCCCUGGACCGAGCAGAUGGUGAAGAGGCACCUGCUGGUGGUCGAGGACACGCCCACCUUCGUCCCCUACGAGAUCCGCGUGCGGACCCUGAACGCUGUCGGCUGGGGCCCCGAGGCGCGGGUGGUCACGGGCUACUCCGGGGAGGACGUGCCCACGGCGGCUCCGCGGGGCGUCGGCGUGGAGGUGCUGAACGCCUCCCUGCUCCGGGUCAGCUGGACCCCCGUACCCGAGGACACUGUGAGGGGUCACCUGGGGGGCUACGCUGUAGGUGGUCCCUAACCCCACUACACCCUGAA